ACGUGUCCGUGUGUCCCGGGCUCGGCUUCUCCCUGCUCUCGGGCAGCCAUGGCCAUGGCCGGCGUCGCUGCCAUCCUCAUCCUCACCACGCUGCUGCCUGCAGCCGCUGUCCCCUGCAGCGCCCUGCGCCCCGACAACACCACCGCACCCAAGCUACUGGGGACGUGGCUGUACAUGGCCGGGGCUGCCCAGUUCCCCCGGCACCUCCUGGAGAUGCUGCUCAUCGACCAUGGAUACCUCUAUGUGGAGCCUGGUGCCAGCGAGCAGGAGCUGCCCAUCACCCAGAGCGUGGCCGUGGGGGACCAAUGUCUCACCAACAACUCCACCUACAUGGAAAUCAUUGCCAGUAGCACCACGCUGGUGAAGGAGGCCAAGAGCCAGCAAACCGUGGGGACACUGAUGAACCUCAGCUCUGAAGAUGUUUUACUCAUCCAGUACCAACUGCAGAGGGAAAGGACGUACUUGGGACUGUAUCUCUAUGCCAGAAACCUGACCAUGAGCAGAGCCCAACGGGAAGAGUUUGAGAGCCAGGCCAAGUGCCUGGGGCUGAGCAAAGAGGGGAUCGUGUAUGCACCAUGGAAAAGGGAGCUGUGUCAAAUGGAAGAAGUUGGAAACAGCCCAUGGAUGGAGCCCAUGGCUGCAGUCACAGCAUCACCUUCUCCGGGUACCCACCAACCAGGGAACGCCAAUAACUGAUCCCACGUUGGGCAAUAAACGUUUUCUUCAAACUCAA